UAACGGACAAGGCGCGCGAGGAAUCGUCAGUUUGUGUCGAACCGUGUUACUCGGUCUGUCGUUGAUGAAUCUCAACCCGCGUUACGUGCACGAUCGAAAUUUCCAUUGUUUUCUCAUUCUCGGCGUUUACACGGAACGGUGAUCGUAGAAUCGCGUCUGUGAAAAAUAAUGCACAGUGUGUUUAUAUAACGACAGAACGAAGAAGAAGAAAAAAAAAGCAAAACCGAUAGGACUGACGACGGAUGAUUAGCUACGCGGUUGGUUUGCGUUAAACCUUGCGGACGAGUACACGUGCCAGAGUCUGCAGAAUGAUAGGUCACUGGUGGGUCGUUUUACUGGUAAUCAUCAUCACGUGCAACGGCUUCGAUAUUCAGUGCCCGGCGCAGUCCUGCAGCUGCUACCCGAGCCACAGCAGCGACACCGAGAUACACUGUCCGACAGGAAACGACUCGGCCUUCAUUGUGAAUGUUCAACCUUACAAGUAUAUUCAGAUACAAUGUCACAACUCUCCACAAUGGUCGGACUUUCACGUGUCAAACUUGUUCUCCGCGCACAACCUGGAGUCCUUUUUCUUCCGAAUGUGCAAAUUGCCAACGGACAUGAGUCUUGGCGAGAUAGUGCGCAAAGUCGGCGCGAAGGAUGUGCAGAAGCUAAUAUUCCAGUAUUUCGGCAACUUGAACAUGAACCUGACCAGGGAACACCUGACAGGAUUCCCGAAGUUGCAACGACUGAUUCUAUCGUCAAAUAACUCGACCAACCUAAGCAGCGAUUUGUUCGCGGACAUGCCGGACCUCACGUGGCUCGACUUGCGCGAGAACAAUGUGCACCUGCCAGCUGGAUUCUUCAAGGACGCACCGAACCUGGAAGUGCUCGAAUUAGGCCGCAACAUGAUAACGAGUAUCGAGCCGGGCCUAUUCGACGAUUUAACAAAAUUACGUUUGCUAAAUUUAUGGCAGAACAAACUGAUGGAGAUCAAGUCGGGCACGUUCGACAAACUAGUCUCCCUGAAGUCCUUAGACAUCAACUCUAACGAAUUGACUACUUUGCCCAAGAAUGUCUUCGAGAAGCUGAAGAAUCUGGAGGUCCUAAAUUUAUUUGGCAACAACUUCACAUCCCUACCGGGGGAUCUGUUCCAACACAACAGAAAACUUAGAACAGUGAUCAUGUACGGGAACAAGAAGAAUAUGACGACCCUGCCGAGCGGGUUAUUCUCGAAUCUGACGGAGCUGAAACUAGUGCAGCUCAGAAGUAAUGGUCUAAUCACGGUACCGGAAAAUCUGUUUUGGGGUUCCAUCUCGAUGAACAAUAUUAGUUUGGAGAGGAACUAUUUUGAAUCCCUCCCAGAGAAUUUAUUCAAAGGAUUAAUCAAUUUAUCAACGUUGGAACUGAGUUUUAAUGAACUGACUUCGCUACCAGAUCAAAUUUUUGUAGACUUGAAGAAUUUGAUUAAGCUGGAUUUGUCUAAGAAUCAUAUUGCUUCGAUAUCCAGGCAUUUAUUUGAAGGUUUAACAAAACUGAAGAUAUUAAAUAUGAAGAAAAAUCAAUUGCGGGUAAUAGAAGAUACAAGUUUUAAGUAUUUAGAAAGUUUACAAAUUGCAAUAUUUUCCGACAAUCAGCUCACAUUGAAUAAUUCAUUAUCUGUAUACCAUGAUGAAUAUGGAAAGAAAUCACCAUUUCAUCAUUGCCCCUCUCUAGAAGAAUUAUAUCUCGAUAGGAAUAAUAUUUCUGAAAUAUUUGGUGAUUGGAUUAUAAGCAGCUUAAGUUUACAAAUAUUAGAUCUUAAACACAAUCAGAUACCUUACAUUUCGACUGAAGAUCUGCAAUUUAUAUCAAGUAAAAUUAAAGUGGACCUAAGAUAUAAUAAUAUAAAACAUAUCUAUCUGAACAGUGCUGAAAAAUUAGCAAGUUUUCACAUCUCACGUGAUGUAAUUAUACUAGUGGACAAUAAUCCAAUAGCUUGUGACUGUGAUUUGUAUGAUUUUGUUCGGUACUUAGAAGGAAAAAUGCAUCCCAAUGUUCAAAAUUAUUUUCAUAUAAUAUCAGGAGAUUUAAUGUGCCAAAGUCCAGAAUGGAUAAUGAACAUAUCUGUGUCCAACCUAAAAUCUAAAUCUUUAAAAUGUAAUGUAGUGGAUAUAUGUCCAACAAAUUGUACAUGUUGGGUGAAACCAUACAACAAAGCUUUCCUAGUUGAUUGCUCUUAUAGGAACUUGACAAACAUACCACGCAAUAUUCAAGCUUUACCUAACUAUCAACUUGAAUUGAAUUUUACGGGAAACAAGUUAUCUCAACUGUUACCACUGAGAGACAUUGGUCUGGACAAUGUAUCAAUAUCAGAACUGCUUUUGUCAAAUAAUGAUAUCUCGAAUGUGCCCUUGGAUGCAUUACCAUUAGACAUUAAUGUUUUGGAAUUGCAUAAUAAUAACAUUAGUAGAAUGAAUUCCGAUGUUUUAUAUUUCAUGAGUAAUUCUACUAAGUUGAAAACCAUUACACUGCAUGGAAAUCAAUGGGCAUGCGACUGUGAUGCGAGAGAUGUUCUAAACUUUGUUCAAACGAAAGUUAUAGAAAUUCCAGAUUCUUUACACAUCACAUGUAAGGAUAUGAAGAUUCCAAUGUUGAAAAUGACAGCAACAGACUUUUGUCCUGCCAAAACGGCAAUGAUCGUAGGCAUUAGUGUGGCUGUAGCAUUCACUGGACUAUUGAUUGGUGUGUUAGCAGCGUUAUACUACCGAUACCAACGAGAGAUUAAAGUUUGGUUAUACUCGCAUCAACUCUGCUUAUGGUUGGUAACCGAGGAUGAAUUAGAUAAAGAUAAAUUAUACGAUGCUUUUAUAAGUUACUCGCAUAAAGAUGAAGAUUUCGUUGUGAACGAAUUAGUAUCCAAGUUAGAAAAUGGACCUAGACCAUUUAAAUUGUGCUUACACUUUCGGGACUGGUUAGCGGGAGAGUGGAUACCAAAACAAAUUGCUCAUUCAGUUGAUAAUUCAAAGAGAACGGUCGUCGUAUUGUCACCAAACUUCUUAGAAAGUGUUUGGGGACGAAUGGAAUUUAGAGCUGCUCACAGUCAAGCUCUUAGUGAAGGUCGAGCAAGAGUUAUUCUAAUUUUAUAUGGUGAAGUCGGUUCCAUCGAUAAUUUGGACCCAGAACUUAAAGCCUAUUUGAGUAUGAAUACCUAUGUGAAAUGGGGUGAUCCUUGGUUUUGGGAUAAAUUGCGAUAUGCCUUGCCACACCCACCAGAAUUGACAAAAAAUACAAUUAGAAGAAAAAUCUUUGCAAAACACCAACCGAGUAUACAACUUAAUGGUGAAAAAAAAGAACUUAUCUACCCAAUUGGUACUCCUGAAACGCCACCUGCAGCGAGUACCCCUCCGGCAGAUACAAUUAAAAUAUUCAUGUGCGACACAGAGAUUAAAAAAGAUAGUUCUGAAAAGUUAAAUGUAUCGAAUAGCAAUGGAAUAAUUACGUUCUCUCCUGAGCAAUUGAUAAAAAAUAAUUUAGUUAACAAGGUACAAUGUACCACUGUAUAAUAUAUAUACAUAUAUUACAUUUUAUAUAUAUAUAUAUAUAUAUAUAUAUAUAUAUAUAACAUUUGACUGA